AUGUCGGUGCUUGUCAAUGGGAGUCCCACGAAGGAAUUUUCUGUUUCUAGAGGUUUGAGGAAAGGUGACCCUCUAUCUUCUUUCCUUUUUGUUAUAGUAGCGGAAGGUCUUUCGGGUCUUGUUAGACAAUCUAUCGAAGUGGGGGGAUUUCAAAGGUUUUCUAUUAAGGGGUCGUGUUGUGUGGAUAUCCUUCAAUUCGCGGAUGAUACUUUAAUAGUGGGAGAUGGUAGUUGGAAACAUGUUUGGGCGAUAAAAUCGGUGCUUCGGUCUUUUGAGAUUGUCUCGGGGCUUGACAUCAAUUAUCACAAAAGCAAGUUGAUUGGAAUUAACACGAAUAUAGGUUUUUUGGAUGCGGUUUCCCUCUUACUCUCUUGUAAGGUGGAGGAUUGUAACUUUUAUUUUCUUGGUAUUCCUAUAGGUUUCAAUCCGAGGAAGGAAGCCACUUGGAAUCCCCUUUUGUUGAAGAUGAAGAAUCGGUUGGAAGGAUGGACGAACCGCUCCUUGAAUUUGGAGGUAGAAUUACUCUUUUGA